CUGGCCCGAGCAGCCACCCGGCGCCCGGCAGGGGGGAGCCCGGCUACGAGCGGGGACCGGGGGGCGGGCCGCGCCGCCGGGAGAAAAGCGCCGGCCGGAGGGCCCGCGGCCGGGCCGCCGGGGUGAGCGUGCCGAGGCGGCUGCGGCGCAGGCUUCCAGCCCCCACCAUGCCGUGGCCCCUGCUGCUGCUGCUGGCCGUGAGUGGGGCCCAGACAACCCGGCCAUGCUUUCCCGGGUGCCAGUGCGAGGUGGAGACCUUCGGCCUUUUCGACAGCUUCAGCCUGACUCGGGUGGAUUGCAGUGGCUUGGGCCCCCACAUCAUGCCAGUGCCCAUCCCUUUGGACACAGCCCACUUGGACCUGUCCUCCAACCGGCUAGAGAUGGUGAACGAGUCGGUGUUGGCAGGGCCGGGCUACACGACGCUGGCUGGCCUGGAUCUCAGCCACAACCUGCUCACCAGCAUCUCACCCACUGCCUUCUCCCGCCUUCGUUACCUGGAGUCGCUUGACCUCAGCCACAAUGGCCUGACGGCCCUGCCAGCCGAGAGCUUCACCAGCUCACCCCUGAGUGACGUGAACCUUAGCCACAACCAGCUCCGGGAGGUCUCAGUGUCCGCCUUCACGACCCACAGUCAGGGCCGGGCACUGCACGUGGACCUCUCCCACAACCUCAUUCACCGCCUCGUGCCCCACCCUGCGAGGCCCGGCCUGCCUGCGCCCACCAUUCAGAGCCUGAACCUGGCCUGGAACCGGCUCCAUGCCGUGCCCAACCUCCAAGACUUGCCCCUGCGCUACCUGAGCCUGGAUGGGAACCCUCUAGCUGUCAUUGGUCCGGGUGCCUUCGCAGGGCUGGCAGGCCUUACACACCUGUCUCUGGCCAGCCUGCAGAGGCUCCCUGAGCUGGCGCCCUAUGGCUUCCGCGAGCUACCGGGACUGCAGGUCCUGGACCUGUCGGGCAACCCCAAGCUCAACUGGGCAGGAGCUGAGGUGUUCUCAGGCCUGAACUCCCUGCAGGAGCUGGACCUUUCGGGCACCAACCUGGUGCCCCUGCCUGAGGCGCUGCUUCUCCACCUCCCGGCACUGCAGAGUGUCAGCGUGGGCCAGGAUGUGUGGUGCCGGCGCCUGGUACGGGAGGGUGCCUACCCCCGAAGGCCUGGCUCCAGCCCCAAGGUGGCCCUGCACUGCGUAGACACCCGGGAAUCUGCUGCCAGGGGCCCCAAUAUCUUGUGACGAAUGGUGUGGCCCAGGGCCACAUAGCAGACUGCUGUCCUGGGCUGCCUCUGGUCCCGAGUGACUUAUGUUCCAUGUGCCAACACCAGUGGGGAGCCCGCAGGCCUAUGUUGCAGCAUCACUGCAGGAGUUGUGGGCCUAGGAGAGGCUUUGGACCUGGGAGUCACACCUAGCAGCAAAGUCUCGCCCCUUUGUCUACGUUGCUCCCCCAAACCAUGAGCAGAGGGACUUCGAUGCCAAACCAGACUCUGGUCCCCUCCUGCUUCCCUUCCCCACUUAUCCCCCAAGUGCCUUCCCUCAUGGCUGGGCCGGCCUGACCCGAGACAGGCAGAGGGUGGGUGGGACCCCCUGCUGCAAGGCAGAGUUCAGGCCCACUGGGCUGAGUGUCCCCUUGGGCCCGUGGCCCAGUCACUCAGGGGCAUGAGUUUAUUUUCUAACAUAGCCCUUUCUUUGCCAUGAGGCCGUGAGACCCACUUCCUCCUUUUCUAUUUCCCUAGAACCUUAAUGGUAGAAGGAAUUGCAAAGAAUCAAGUCCACCCUUCUCAUGUGACAGAUGGGGAAACUGAGGCCUUGAGAAGGAAAAAGGCUAAUCUGAGUUCCUACGGGGCAGUGGCACGACUGGAGCACAGCCUCCUGCCUCCCAGCUGGGCCCAUUGCACUUUCUUGUCUCCUCUAAUAAGCCCCGCCUUCCCCGCCUGGGCUCCCCUUGCUGCCCUUGCCCAUUCCCCAUUAGCACAAGAGUAGCAGCAGCAGGACAGGCAAGAGCCUCACAAGUGGGACUCUGGGCCUGGUGACCAGCUGUGUGGCACGGGCUAAGUCACUCUGCCCUUCGGAGCCUCUGGAAGCUUAGGGCACAUUGGUUCCAGCCUAGCCAGUUUCUCACCCUGGGUUGGGGUCCCCCAGCAUCCAGACUGGAAACCUACCCAUUUUCCCCUGAGCAUCCUCUACAUACUGCCCCAAGGAGUUGCUGCAGUUCUGGAGCCUCAUCUGGCCGGGAGCUCCAAGGGGCCUCCUGGAUUCAGUCCCCACUGGCCCUGAGUACGACAGCCCUUCUCACCCUCCCAGGAAUGCCGUGAAAGGAGGCAAGGUCUCCCCCACCCAUGUCUAUGCUCGACCCCCAGGGUAGCAUCUCAGCUUCCAAACCCUGGGCUGUUUCCUUAGUCUUCAUUUUAUAAAAGUUGUUGCCUUUUUAAUGGACUGUCACUUUCAACCCGCCUCCCCCACCCCUGCUGGCCGGGGAUGGAGACAUGUCAUUUGUAAAAGCAAGAAAAGGUUGCAUUUGUUCACUUUUGUGAUAUUGUCCUGGGCCUGUGUUGCGGUGUUGGGGGAAGCUGGGCAUCAGUGGCCACGUGGGCAUCAGGGGCUGGCCCCACAGAGACCCCACAGGGCAGUGAGCUCUGUCUUCUCCCACCUGCCUAGCCCAUCAUCUAUCUGACUGGUCCUUGAUUUAAUAAACACCAUAAAAAGUU